GAAGUUAGUUGCUGGAUAAGGCUUAAAUUAAGGAGCAGGAUGUAUACCCUGCUGUCCGGGCUCUAUAAAUACAUGUUCCAGAGGGAUGAGUACUGCGUCCUAAUCCUUGGUUUGGACAAUGCUGGGAAAACUACCUUCCUUGAACAGACUAAAACUCGAUUUAACAAGAACUACAAAGGGAUGAGUCUGUCCAAAAUCACAACCACUGUAGGCUUAAACAUUGGUACUAUUGAUGUUGGCAAAACUCGGCUCAUGUUCUGGGAUCUGGGGGGACAGGAGGAGCUACAGUCUCUUUGGGACAAGUAUUAUGCUGAAUCUCACGGUGUGAUCUAUGUUAUUGACUCCACGGAUGAGGAGAGGCUCUCAGAAUCUAAAAGAGCUUUUGAGAAGAUGAUUACCAGUGAAGCUCUGGAGGGGGUUCCCAUUCUGGUGUUGGCCAACAAGCAGGAUGUAGAGACUUGCCUGUCAAUCCCUGACAUCAAGACAGCAUUUAGUGACUGCAUUAACAAAAUUGGGAAGAGAGACUGCCUGACCCAAGCCUGCUCUGCUCUUACUGGCAAAGGAGUGAACGAAGGAAUCGAGUGGAUGGUGAAGUGUGUGGUGAGGAACAUUCACCGACCCCCAAGGAAGAAGGACAUCACGUAAGAAGUUCCAAGUCAGUCAAGGAAUGGACAGUCUUUUUCCACACAGUUUUGUGUUCCCUUUAAAGAAGGUGGUCCACUGGAUUUCUAUUACACCUGAUUCUUUCC